AUGGCUGAAGGUCUCGCUGACGGUGGAGUUGAAUGGUUCAGCUACAAUCGGGAAGUGUACAACUUCAAUCGGACCAUGCGGCAGAAGAACCUCUAUCAGCACCAGAAGCAGCGAGUUAUGGCAGUAGUGCUGUAUCGGGAGGAUCUUAGAGAUCUAUUCGGCCUGACAAUAGGGAAGAUGGAUUGUUAUAUGCUGGUGAGUACUCUACUGGUGGGCUUCUCCACGGAGAUGUUCUACAAGGGAAGAACACCACUCCUGGCGCCGAAUUGGUUGUUCUGGCCCUGGUCAAUCACGUUGGGUGCCGCAUUUUUCUAUUUCUUCCUCUCCAUCUGGCUCGCCCUGCAUGCCUCUAUAUCGGCUCAGACUUACUCAGUGAGGUCUCUUACCCAAUGGCUACGUCUACCUGUCGCGAGUGCCAUGGAAAUCUCUGAGGGUUCAGCUAGGCUGGAAGACUUCGAAGGUUCUGGCGUUGGAGGAUGGUUUCGUGUCCCCGUGGUCACCGAAUAUGCGCGGGAGAGUAACCUCAAGAUCCCCGGUCUCAAGCAUAAGGAGGUUAAAGGGAAGAAUGAGAUAAGAGAUCUAACCACCGAAUGGGAUACAUUCAAGCAGCACUUUGCGUUAUUCAACCAGCUGCAUAGGAAAUGGCAGGGUCAUGAGGCUUAUGCUAGAGUGUGUAUGUGUAUGGGUACUCUACAGUUUCUCUACGCACUAGCAUACUUUGCCUUGCUCUACUGGGGUUACUUCUGGCGCAAUCCCCUCGCCGCAUACGUUAUAGUAACGUUAUGUUCAGUGGCGGCUUUACUCAAUGCUAAGAUGAACUUAACCCUCAGUUUCACAGAAUUCUCCAUUAUGGCGUUCCUCACUGCCGUGCCGCCCUUCCUCUAUUGCGCUGCAGUCCUCUGUGAAUAUGUAUGGGGUAACAGUUUCAACGUUGAGCUGCCUCAAGUCAAUGAGCGGCCGGCCCUCAUAUUCGCCCUAUCGGCUCAUAUCAUGGGCCUCUUCUAUGAGACGUUCUUUGUGUACUUGACCAUGGCCGACAAGAACGGUCUCCCCGUGAAGUUCUCUACAGUGUGGUGUAUAGAUGUGCUGGGGUUCGGUCUGGAGACUAUAAAGGAAGUCCACGAGCCUGUGGCGGAACCGAAAAUUAUCAACUCUUCGGGCUUGCCUGGUUUCACUGAGGAGGGCCCUAUCAAUGACUGGGGAGUGCACAAGCCUACUGGGCAGCAGGACGAGGCCAAGGCGGGAGAGUACCACCCCGACAUUUCCAAGGAUCUUAAGUUUGCCUGUAGUAAGGCUGAAAGGGAUAUGCAGAAGAUCUUCAGGCAUUGGGCGAAAGAGAAUCAUCUGCUAUCAGAUUCGGAGCGAAAAGAAUUGACUAAACUGAAGGUGAGGUUUGAAAAGGAUAGAAAAAAACUGGCACAGCUGUUGGAUGAGGAGCGAGGGAAGGGAGAUGCCACGCCGGGUACUCCAUUCAACCCCACUGGAGGGUGGAUAAGACUGGGGUACAGGACCGAUGCUGGGGAGAAUCUUCCGUAUUACCUCAAUGUGGAAACCGGCGAGAUCAAGUGGGACUCCCCUACUAUGGAUCCGGGCAUAUAUGAUUACAAGGAGACCACUAAGUCUGUGGAGUCCCAGUUGAGACAGUUCGAACUGAAGUCUAAGGCCCUGCUGGACCAGCAGAGAGCGGCCAUUCAGGCAGCUACUGAUGCUAGUCACCGGGAGAAGGUUAGAGUACCAUAUCUCCUGUUCCGCUUCGGUAGUGUUGUGAUAAUGGCGGCUUGGUUGUUUGCCAUUGCUGAGACCAGCGCUGAGGUGUCCUUGAAAUACGACCCUUCAUUUAAUGAGAGGAAUGUCCAUGAACGUAGAUUGACGGUGGCUACUACUGAUGGUGAUGAAGCUGAUAGUCCAUUCGAGAUCACGUAUGCAGGGCAGGAAGGGCUAAAGGUCCCUGAGCAUUUCGUAUGGUACACCCCUCGUAAGAUUGGGUGUAGUAUUGGUAACGGCAAGACUCUUGUGGCGGACUUCCACUCGCUGCGUGAAGUGUACCCCUCCGGCCCUGCUGUAUCGGCGUCACCGUUGAAGUGCGCUGUGGCGACUGAGUACAGCAGAAAUAAGGAGAUCAAGGACGUUGUUGUUGUCAGCAGGGAUGAGGUCUAUGUCCUGCUUGACGAUGAUCAACUAUACUCGUGUGCCACCGGAGAGUCUCUUCUCCAAGGCUGGGGCCUGCCAGUGGGAGUAGCUCCCAUCGCGGCAAUCGCUGCGAAGGGGGAAGCCGAAUUUGCUCUGGUGUCGGCUGGUGAUGGUAAGCUGUAUGUGGGGUCUCCCUCUACUGGUAGAUGGAGAUCAGUAACACGACCUAUCACUGGUACCUAUAAGGGCUGUACAUCUAUCCAGGAGACCUCUGCUGGGGACCUUGUACUCCUGAUGCCUGAGGAACGCCUGAUGCACGUUUUCAAUUCUCGAGGGCUAUUUGUGGGGGCCCGACCUAUCCCUCGUGGUUACCUCUCUGGUUGUGGUGAUCAGCUGUUGGUUCAGUCUGACGCAUCAGCACGCUUGUCUAUUCUUAGAGGUUUGCGGAUAACCCCAUCGCCAAUGUAG